AUGGAUGUGCGUGAAUUGGGAACCUAUGGCUUCGAUCACGUCAACUUCACGACCUCGCUUCGCUCACAAGGUUGUUUCGGCUUUGGUUCAGCAGCGCAGGCCAAGUUGAUCGCCAAGGACAGAAUGCGACCGCCGGUCUGUCGCGUGCUGGUGUGGUCCUCUUGGAUCAAGACCGCCUCUUGGCUCCCCAGUGUUCCGAUGAAUAGGAGCGAGGGCAGUCCUCGGACCAAAUCUCGAGUCAGAGAUGAAGGAGAUUUGGAGUGCUGGAGCACAUAUCUCUUGAGAGCGUGA